CGGAAUUUGAAGAACUUUUCCACGUCACUUUGUUCAUGCGAUUUGGCGCAUGCAGGGUUCCUCAUUAACGAGAUUUCUUUUAAAGUGUUCAGUGGAUUGCUUUGCAAGAUAGGCUGUCGCUCCGCACUCGCUUUUCGCAGCCGGUCGUGCAGCUUUUAACAGCCGAGCUGUUUAAGCUCUUCAUUGCGCGGCGUAGCGUAGACCAGAAAUGUGGGCCGAUCCUGGAGGCAGUGCAGAAAGGGUCCGAUCGCAAUGGCACAUGCCCCUGUGAACUAGCGAAGCUGUUCAAGCUCGAUGAUGGUCCGUCGAGGGUACGCCGCAAAACCUCCGCCUGGCGAUGACGUCACCAUGCGUCGCCUAGCAACGCUUCGCCCCAGCUGCACCAACCGCGCCGAGCCUCGCCACAGCUGCGUGAGCCGUGACGUCAUCGCGCGCCCCGCAUCGUUUCGCCUUAGUUUUGCCGACCCAUGACGUCAUCGCGCCGUGAGGAGUGGUUGCCGCGGCUGUGCAGAGGUGGCGCUAAGCCGUGACAUCAUUGCGCUGACUCAGCGGAUAUAUAGCUCCGCGUCGCCGCCGCGGCCACACAAAAGGCCCGCCGUCUCCGCGCCGAGUACAUCACCGCGAAGAUGGGGCGGCCGAAAAAGAGCGUCACUCCCGAAGAAGAGGAAGCGCGGAGAGAAAGCCGCCGCGCCGCUACUCGAAAGCGCGUGAGACGACUUCGGUCCAAUCCCGAGUAUCGCGCCACCGAAGCGGCGGUGAAACGUCGGCGCUUCGCAGAAGAUCCUGAGUUAUGAGCCGGCGAAACCGAUAAAAAGCGUUUGAGCGUCCAGAAGCGUCCAGAUACUUUCAUGACCAGUGUUCGUUGCUUCUUGGGCUGUCGAUAAUUCCGGGGUGAUCUUGCGCAAAACGUUGCCGAGUCUCGAAGCAUAACCUCACAAAAUCUUGGCCGAACCGAGAUAAAGCUAGUUUGUGUGAUCGCUGUCUGCCCAGUCUUCGCACCACUAGUGUGAAGCUGCCCUUAAUUUUUUCUUGAUAUUGUCGGCAUUCCCAAAUAGUUGCGAAUCGAAGCGCGCCUUUCCGAGAUUUCGCCAAGUGCGCACCACGGCAACUUUUGCCUGCAGCCCGUCUAAAGUGGGUUGCGCAAAUAACCCCUCAAUAUUCAGGCUAAACCUAUACCUAAGGAGGCAGGAAACGGCCACAACAACAUUACCUCUCCCAAGUGGGAGUUUCAAAACGGGGACGUAGCUCUUUUGCCCAAUUCAAUGAAGCCUCAUGGUGCCUAAAUUUCCCCCCCGCGAUGCAAAAAAAAAAAGUCUGUUUUCUAGUCUCAAUCAUGUUACCCCAGCUGCUUGCGCAGCCACCAUUCAUGAAGACAGGGAGGGCUAAACAAUGCGAGUUGCAGCCAUUGUUCGAGUAAGCUCGCCAACAAACAGUGUUCGCAUACCCGCAGCAUGCCCUGCAGCGUCUGUCGGCCGGCGCUUGGACGCCCUAUGCCGCAUACAAACCACGUGAUCGGCGUUAGUAAUUGAGAAGGCAGGCUGUGCAGGGGAAAAAAGAUGCGAUACUCUGAACUUUGUUUUACUUGGACGAUGCUAGUAUAAAUACGCCGAAGUAAAAAGACUUCUUAGAGGUUGAUUUUGCUUGCAUGAAUUAAAACAUUCGAAUUGCAGUUAGACAAAAUUGUACGCGGGGUUGGAUCCAAAAUUACUCUCGCACCGUUCUCUUCCCCGAAUGAGACUAUAGUAAAAGAAAAAGAAAAACAUCAUGCGGGCAAUCAACAGAAUACAAUCGAACAAAUUCAGAAUUCGCAGGUGAGCUGUCUCAGAUCCCCUGGCAGUCUGUAAAACAGUCGGUAUUGCAGAGAUGGCGACUUCAAUUUCUGCACAUGAGUGAAUGCAGCCGCACGAGUUUCUUAUAGCGUUCACCCUCGUUGGAAGCACCAUGCGCAAAGCGUUGUUUUCUGAGUCAGACAUGGCGGCACGCGGACGCGCUUUUGCUGCACGACCAGAGAUGACGUCGAAGUCAGGAUUUCUUUCUCGAGAAGUCAUGUUGCCCCUCAAGAAUCGACUGUCGGCCAGGGCCAUCAACGCCGUGCUCCUGGUGAUGUGCCUGUCCCUGGGCCUGGUCAUCAUCACCGGGUUCUCGUGCCGCAGCUUCCGGUACGAGGUGCGGAUCUCCGAGACGAAGGAUUCCCCGCUGAUAGCCUUUGGGCUGUUGAGCGUCUCGUCGCACAGAGAUUCGACGGAAGCGCCCCCUGUACCGAGAACCCAGGCAAACCCAUCCUCCGCAGCCGCGAAGACUUUCGACCCUACAAUGUUGAUUGGCAAUGAUGAUGUACACGUCGAGCGACUUGCCAGGUUGGAGGCCACGAUCGCAGGGAUGCGCGACUUCUUGGUGCGUCAUCUGUCGUCAUCCCCCGGUCGUGGAAACGACAACCGAGCAGCUGCGACUCUCAUCAAGGCACGGGAGUACCUCAGGGUCAUGGAGGCAGAUGUAGCAGUUAUCAGAGAGACAGACCAAGCUAUCAGAAAAAGUGUGAAGAAAAUGCAGAGACUGCGGGACUUCGUCCGGAAAGGAAUUGAACGGCUUCAGAAUCCGGCUGACUGCAAAUCAGCACCCAAGCUGCAAUGCCUCCUGGACAACCCAUGGGGCUUUUCAGCCGGUGUGCAUGACGUGCUGUGGUGCUUUGUGGCAGCCUUGCAAAUGGGGCGCACAUUGAUUCUCAACAGUACGGCCUGGCACUACGCUCCCGGCGAAAAUGGCUGGUCGCAGGUGUUCCAACCCGUUGCGGGUCGGUCCUGCAAUGGUGCUGGCUCUGAGAACAUGAUCGUCACUGGCUACCCGGGAUAUGACUCCAGCGUUAAGGAGCGUAGCAAAAUUCUUGACCUGCCAGCGUCUAUAGUGAAGGAUUUGGCGGCAAACCAUCGGGAACCCUAUGCCUGGUGGUAUGGCGAGAUUAUGGCUUACGUUCUGCGGCUGCAGGAUUCGUCACGACAGCUAGUAGAAGACUUCAAGAAGAAUAAUGGUUACAAGCAUCCUAUUGUAGCGAUGCAUAUUCGGCGCACGGACAAGAAGCGGGAAGCUGCUUUCCAUCUCGUGGAAGAGUACAUGCAACACGCCGAAGAGUUCUACAGCGCCCUCGCGCUCAAGGGAGUGGCUGCCCAGAAGCGUGUAUUCGUCGCUACUGAUGACCCUUCGGUCAUUAGUGCAAUAAAAUCGAAGUUUCCAAGCUACCUGGUUAUCUCCAAUCAGCGUUCUGCAAGUGAGGCCUUCGACAUGAAAACUCGAACUAAAAGCUCGGCACUAAGUGGGAUGCUCAUCGACAUUCACCUUCUCGCUGAGUCGGACUACAUAGUGUGCGCCUUCUCUUCUGGUUUCUGCCGUGUCGCCUACGAGCUGAUGCAAGCCCGGCAUGCCGAAGCCGGUGCUGACGCAAGCGGAAAGGCUGUGUCGGUGGACGUUGAGUACUUCUACGCGUACGUGCCUUUCCCACCUCGCCGAACGUUGUACCACAAUGAACGUGUUUUUGGCAAUGAGCUGCAGUGGAAGGCUCCAGGCGCCCUAGUGGAGAGACCCGAUACGGAGGCAUCACUGCAUGAGGCACUCGAAAAGAAGUAUGCGGAUGGUUUCAACACGGGCCGUCUUGUAGGCUCCAAAGUGGACGGCAACUCGAUGGUAUUUCCACGUUUCAAGACGGUGCCGACAUAUUCCGUAGCACCGUACGCUUCUUUCAACCACACCUGACAGUAGUCGUACAUGUGUAAAUGAGAACGGGAAGUGUGCAGAGUGAUGACAGCAACACGGCUCUUCUCCUUUGAGAUUGAGCUGCGUUAGGUUUGUUUUCUCUGUUGAGUGCUACGUUUAGCUAAAAUACAUUGCCAUGAUUCAACAUGAUGUGGAUGAACUCCGCAAUAUGCCGUGGCACUUGUACUGACGCCAGGAAGGAAGUUUGGGCCGAUUUUGUGGAGUAAAAUGUUUAGGAGUUGAACGUAACCAUACUGCUGCUAGGGUGGACUAGAGCAUGCUGAUGUUGAGGAUUCUGCAGUAUGUUGACAGUGAAUGUAUAGAUUUGAUGCCUAAAGAUGCCACCUAAGUGCUAUUGUUCAGUGGCGGUAUAGGAGUGCUUUCUGUGAUACCCGAGGGGAGUUUGACACUGGAAUGGGUGUGAAGCGUUUUGCAACGCUUAUUGUCUGUCAUGAAGAGAUGCCUGUAAGUACCAGCUUUGCAGUGCCGCGAGCGUUGGUGCAUCAGAUCAGUUUCGUCGUGAGGCGAAGUUCAGUUAGCUGCGAAGGAACGCUGUAGAGCAGCAUGUGAUGCUUUCGCAUCAGCGUGUUUGGUCUUAUUGAAGCUUUUUAAAGUGUGGUUGCUGCGAGUGAAUGGGCCAGUGAGAUAUUAUGGAGGCGAGGUAUGUUACUUUCGCCGAGGUAUCACUGCAUAUACUACAGCUCCGUUGAGUGGGAGAAUUGUCUGUUCUUUUUAUAUGUGCAAGUGCUGGUUGUAGAAUUUUGGAAAGACAUAGAAUUUGCAACACUAUGGAUGGGAAUGCCUGAUUUGCUUUCUAAACCAUUAAAUUCUGUUAUUUUAUUUGAUAUGAAACAAAGAUGCAUUUACCAAAUGCUGCUUACUUAGUAGCUUGACGAGGUUAUUUCCGUCGAUGCGAAGGCAACCACCCGUGUACAAGGAAUUUCUACAGGCAGGGUUGUUUGAUUUAUGUUCAUAGAGCAUUUUAUACAUUUCAAGAUGGAUGCAGGACCUAAAGACGCAUGGUACUUGGCGGGCGCUCCUGUACCUGCAAUGCACACUUGCACUUUGCAUAACAUGAUUCGCACUAAGUUCAUAGCGCAGCACUAUAAUUUUCUUUUUUUGUUAGAAAACCUGUACCAAACAAAAUUGGUUCAUACACCGCAUUAUAACAAUCCUACCAAACAAUAACUAAUCGCUACAAAAUAAGUUUUAGUGUAUUAUACACAAUGACAAAUUGCCACGUACAGUAUUAAAAAGGAAUACACCUAAAAAGGGACAGAAUUACUGUAGCUUAUGAAUUAUAUGCAGAAUUUCUUCAUGUUCAAACAAAGCGAACAAGGGCAAACAAAAUUUUAAGCGGUCUAUCUUUAUUACAUAUAUGCUACCAGUGCACUUGUAGCGAAGCCUUCGCGAUAAGCAAAACAAGAUCAUUUAUACUAGAUUUCUUGCAGUGAAAUGAAAAGGUUCAAGGAAACACAUCCUUCAACACUCUAAAGUGCUUAGCAUGCACUAGGAAGGGAUACUCGCGCUCUUUCAGUGAGCGUCAUUCGAAUAAACAGGUGUCCGCAUUCAUAGUAAUGCCCUCGUGGCAAGGAGUAUUUUCGCAUAUACAGGCAGUAACAAGUGAGAAGUAGCUUGCUGUAUAUAAUGUUCCCCGAGUAUAUAACAUACUCGGGGAACAUACAUCCAGGCCGUCGAAGUAUAUGCUCUACGUAAACAGUGAAAAAGUAUGAAGUGAACUUGCAACCUGAGGCCAUACUGAUACUGAGAGCAAAUACACUGGCGUCUAUAACUGUCGAAUCAUUUUUCCAAAAUACUUAACUUGCAUUUUUGAAACAUUGCACCACAAUUGCAACGAGAAGUGUUUCAAUGUGUUUGUGGUGCAGUUUAAAUAUCGUUAUUUGUGUCAGUGCUCUACUUUUGAUGCACUAUGUUGGCAUGCAGAAGUCGAUUUUUUGUAUCUGCAUGAAACUGGCCUUCAUGCUUACAUUUAAAUUAAUCCUAAAGUUAUGCUACGUGACAAUCCAAGCGAAUAAAAAGAACUAAACACACAAAGCCUGAAAGGGUUAUAGCUUUGAAGGAAACAAAUCUAUGCGAUCUGUAUAAAAACAACUGUUAGCAUAAGUAACCUUGAGACAAGUUUUUCUCAACUUUCUCCAUUACAAUCUAAGCCGCGGUGGGAGGAUGACAGACCAGUAUGUCACAGCAUGUCAGUUCUUUCUUGUGAUGAAGUGCCGGCGUGAAGCACAGUUGUGUAUCUUGAUGGCAGGAAAGAAGCAAACUGCGUAAACUCUGCAUGCUCCUUAACACACUGCAAACUCAAGCCUCCAGCAGUUGUGUCUGAGGCUAAGGAAAGGGAAUUUUUCCGGCUGCUAAUAAUGCCUCGUAGCUUUUGAAAUUCUUAAUGCCCUGUAAAGCAAAAUUUACCCAUUUGUUCGUGGUUAGCUAUGUACCGUAUUUGCCGCAGUCUAAUGCGCUCUUUUUUUUUACGUAUAGGCAAAAGUAUGACAUGUAUCUUAGAAUAGAGUCUGAAGCAAAAACUACAAUAAAUUGUUUCAACCAUCGCCCUGCCCUCCCGCCCUAUUAUUCUAAAAUCCCACCUUUAAAUUUUUGUGUUCUUUGCCGUACUGCGGCUUCCGAAAGUUAUUGUUAGCACCCGGAGAAACUCAUAAUUAGAGACCACCUAUAAGCAAUCUUUAAAUCGCACUUCUAGAGACCUCCGAGAUUCACAUUCUUUUUUUGAGUAAAAACACUUUGUUAUUUAUAUCUAUUAAAAUCAGAACCUGGUUAGAAAACCAUUCAAAGUGCUCAUUUUAAAAAUGUACUUGACCAAUUUUAUAUAUAUUUUUUUCAAUAUGAAAUAUGGGGGCGCAUGUUACAACGGAGGCAAUUAAAUUCUCCAUUGCUGGACAUGAAAAAGAUGUGUGUUACAAUCAAGGGCGCAUUAGAAUGGAGUAAUGAUGUGACUGCUAGAAAAUUCUUGAGCUAAUUCUAAGUGGAACUUCCAGAAACCACACCUUUAAGUGGCGUUUACUGUAAGAAUUGCGAGAUAGUGGGAAUGUCUCAAGGUUAAUAAGUGCACGUUAUGAGUGAAAGUGGUUGCUCGUUUUAUUAAAAGCUCCUCCGGCAAUGAGUGGUAAAUCUGUGGUUAGCAGAGAUAGCUGGGAAAUACAAAUGUUUGGUUCAGUAGUUUAUUAACAUGGAACACUUGAAGGUGAGUUAACCUGUAACCUGUUAUGGAGUGAUUAUAAGCCAUACAACAGUGUUACUUCUGGCCUGCCAUUGUUUUAAUUAAUAUGGCCCUUGUCAUAAUUAACGAGUAGGCUUUCGCACGCCACAUUCGCAACCUGGAAACAAUAUCCUGAUGUGUACUCUGCCUGCUGCCGGAUUUCAUUAUGUACUAUUUAAAGGCAGGUGUCCUUGCAUUCAUCCGCAUAACGUCAGCAUUUGAGUGGUAGAUGUGUUGGAAGUUACUGAAUGAGAACUCGAUCGAACUCUAGGAAAUACAGACAUAUUAUGAAAGAAGUGCACAUCACUAUCUGUAUUUAUGCUGCGAAUAUUAUAUUGGGAAGAAAGUAUACUAGUGGGACUUCGCUUAUGCCUAUAUACAUUGUAUAGAACAUGUGUUGUACACUUGUGCCUUUAUUUGUGCCUUUUCAUUCAUUGUGUGCUGUGAAAUGGUGUCAUUGUAUUCUUCCUGGCAAAAUAGUUGUGCUGUUUGUAGAAUGAUUUUCAAAAGAUUCUUUUUAGUGCGGCCUAAAUAUAUACGCAGGUUAUGAAUUCUAGUCAGUGGUAUGUUAUCCUAUAGACAGAGUGCUCUUAUUAUGUUUAGUUUAUUCUAGAUUGUCAUUCAGCUGGAGGCUCUUCUGAUGCCAUAUCAGCUAUAUUUUCCCAAUAAGAUGCGUGACAGUCGUAGGAACUUAGAAAGUUUAGUCUUGGAGCGUUUCGAUGUAUACAGUAUGGGUGUUCGCAAAAUGCAAAACAUUGUGACAUUUUGCUUUGGUAUUAUUUCGUUGAAAGUUUACACAUGGAAAUAGUAGAUAAACUUAUUUAUUGUAAAAAAUGGUAAGUUGAUUGACAAACAGCUAUUAUGAGGAUGACCUGCAAUGUGAAAUAGUUAAUCAACUGGGAGCAUUUUCAUUUUGACGUUCAUACAUAUGCAUGUGUCAUUUAUAUACUCCAGGCCACAGCAAGUUGCACGGCAAUGGCUGCGUUGCAUUCACAAGAUCUCGCGUGACAGUUGUGUUCUUCUUUUCUAUAUGUGGUUCUAAUAAUUCUGAUUGUAUCACAAGGACUGGGUGAUAUACGAGGUCGGUGAGAAAAGUAUCCGACCUUUAGCCGAAGAAAAAACACUGGCAUAGCUGGAGCGUUGGAAACCUUAUCACCCUCAAAGUAGUCUCCUUGGGACUCCACACACUUAUCCCAGCGGUGCUGCCAUUGUUGGAAGCAUUCAGAGAAAACCUCUUUCGGAAUGAAGUUUAGCUCAGCUGUCGUUGCAGCCAUAAUGUUCUCUCUUGUCUGAAAUCGCGCUCCUUUCAAUGGCCUCUUGAUUUUGGGAAACAGCCAGAAGUCGCAGGGGGCCAUAUCAGGAGAGUAAGGAGCCUGUUGAACUACAGGAGUCUUGUUUUUCGCCAAAGAAGUUUGAAUCAAGUGCGAGGAAUGUGCAGGAGCAUUGUCGUGAUGGAUGCACCAAUUACCGACGAGAGCACUGCACCCUACCUCACUCAAACGCUGCGUCCCAGCGACAGACGCUAUCGGCAGGUGGGAAAAAAUUCACGCAUGCGCACGAAGGUUCAAGGUCGGCUAAUGCAAGCGCGCUUGUUUCAUAUCCAUGAGGUGUUCGCAAAAAAAUAAGCUCGGUUACUUUUCUAACAGACCUCGUAUGGUUUGCACUAUCCAGAAACCUAACGAAGUAACCGAUAAUAACAAGUGACUGAACAAACUUAAAUGAUAUAUUACGCCACCAUCGUAUAUUUCACGCAGAAGGAACCAUGACUUGAAACUUUACGAACUUCCUUUUAAAGGUGAUGCCUUGCGAUACUCAUUUUCUUUUGUCAAACAACGAAGGACUGGAACUCUCUUCCGUCAAAUAUUGUAGGUAUUGAAUCCAAUGAUGAAUUUUACCGCGCCUUGUGUGUUUCAAUUGAAAAACAAUUUUUGACGCAAUAUAACACCCCCUGCUGUAAUGCCUGCGAAGGCGAUGCAGGUGCUUAAUAAAUAAAAUAAAUAAAUAAAUGUAGGCAAGCAUUGUUUGUGGGUAGUGAAAAUAUAUUUCGUCACGCUGGAUGUUCGUUCUAAGAACACUAGGGAGAAUAUAUCGCUUUUCAGCAUACACAUGUGAAGGCCACAUGUCUGCUUUGUCAUGGCUUCAAGCCAUGCCUUUAAGGUACUAUUUAUGAAACUCGUUUUUCUUUCUAAGGUACAUUAUUCUCAUAAAGUGAGCCAGUGCUGUGACAUUUAAUGCUCCUGGAAUAAUUUUUGUUCGGAAGAAUUGAGAUCAACUUGUCAAGCUCCUACUAUAACUUGUCAAAAUGUUGAAUUUCACUAUUGGUGAAAGACUGCUCCUUUGCAGAUUGUUAUUGCUGCUGCUAUUGAAGACUGCUGCUUUCUGAAGGUUGUUAGCUAAAUAAGGCAGCACCUGUCCUCUUUGUGACUUGAUGGAUACUUGUAACGCAGAGUUAUAUCAAAAUGUCAAAUUAAUUUCUCAUUUUGUAACCUGCAACCAAAAUAUUCAAAUCAGUGUAUUACAUCCUACCAAACAGCCUCACCUCUGAGUCCCCAACACAAGUGUCAGUUACAGGUCAGACAUUCAGGGGAGGCCCCUAGCUGCUACAAAGAAUCCUUCAUCUAUUCUCCAUUCCUCUGGGGUCAAUAUCUUUCUAUAGUAACCACAGAUACAUAUGAAAAGGAGGGGAGCCAUUGGUGCAGCAAGAACGAGUGUGCCAAAGUUGGACAACACGUGCAAGUAGCGAUGGCUUAUAGGAAGCUCACAGCACAAGCACAUCUGCACAAUGCAGGAGCAGUCAGAAAAAGAAGCGGAAUUAGAAUUAUGCCAGACAUCGCUCAAAAAAUUUCUUCUACCGUCCUCCAGGCUGCGAAUCACAGGGCGUAUAUUGAAUUACAGGCAAACCAUGAGCGACCAAUUUGUUGAUCUCUAUACAUCUCCGCGUGCAUCUCCGCCUCUACAUCUCAGUCGAUAGAAUAAGUAAAUAAGAGCCGUCUCUAUUGUGCAUGUAUACACAUUCUCUUUGAAGUACAUUUGUUUUUAGUUUCACACUGUAUUACAUAACUUUGUGUGUAGCAUCGGGCGUUAGAUUCCCACAUAACCUUCGACUGAAGCAGCAUGUGCUCAGGGUUCAAGACAGGGAGUACGUAGUGCCUGUCUUGCACAAAUGUUUUCCACUUUGUGCACCGUCUCAUAUUAAUAUCAAUUGUACAUAUUUUCUUCGAGACAUCAUGCGAUGUCGCUUGUUGCAAAGUUGUUAUUGUGUUUCGACGAGUAGUGUAGCGAAGAUGACGUUAUUUUGUUUGAGCUUCGGCUGUUUGGCAAGGUGGCUAAUUCUUUGUCACAGAAUGCAGUGACGCUCAUUGUAUCUGCUGUGCUGUUGAGAUGUUUUUAUUUACUUUCAUUACAACCACCAGCCUAGACUACAGUAACACGUCAGGUGUGAUAUCUGCUGUGAAGUGCUCUUCCAGGCAUUGUGUGCCACUGCUUUCGCAAUAAAAUGUUUGUGUUUGAACU